UCGCCAAUACUCACACGACUGCAACCAGACCUGUCGCGAUCGCAGGAACUACACGGCGCAUCAUAUCUCCACCGUCAUCCCAUCGCGCAACCCCUCACGCGCCAUCCUCCAAAAUGUCUCUAAACAGCUACUUGAACAGUAAGUCCCUCUCUCCCACCUCACACAUUCAUUCCCCCACCAUAGCUAAACAGUGCCAUUCUACAGCAACAAUGCGAUCAACCCUUUUGAAGAGAGACAUAUGAAACUAACCAAACCUCUCAUCCCCAAUAGAAAAAGUCUGCCUGAUCCUCGUCGACGGCCGCUGUAUGGUCGGCAACCUGAUUUCCUGCGAUGCAGUCACGAAUUUGGCGCUAGAGAAUUGUGUGGAGAGGAUUGUUCGGGGACAUGAGGAGGAGGAGGAUAGUGAAGAGGAGGAGAGGGGACUGUUUAUGGUGAGAGGGGAUAAUGUUGUGGUUUGUGGACUUGUCGAUGAGGAGUUGGAUGGGAAGAUUGAUUGGAGGAAGGUUAAGGGGAGUGAGAUUGGGAGUACGAAGCAUGUUUGAGGCGGUGAGAGUGGAGGAUGAGGGAAUGAUACCAUGGGUGUGAGGUUUGGGUCGGGUUGGAGAGGAUAUGCUUUCCGCAUCAUCGGCCUCCAGCGUGAAGAUUUGGUCGAGGGAGUCACAUCGGAUCAAGAGCUCGUGCGAAGAGAAUGCGUGAUUUUACGACGUCGAGCGUCUGCAUCGUUCAGCUGAGAAAGAGAUGUUAGAGGAAGGCACUGAUGGAGCGAGGUCGAUACCCCCACGCCGUAUACUCCUCCAACUAUAUACAGAUCCAAGAGCCGCGCAAAUCAGCGCAGCAAAAUUCAUAAAAUUUGCCUGAGCUGCCAAAGCUCAGCCGCCCAUAAUUCAUCAAACGAACAGUACAGCCCUGCCAUCCCUAAAUGCUCUUCUGAGAUGUCCGAGACUAUCCACUUCUGAACGAGAGCUUCCCAGAAAGACUCGAUUUUGCAAGCGAUAGUACUCCGACGCCUUUAUUACUCAACGAUCGCAUAAAAGUUGCCGAAUCGACAAGCGUAGACCGCGCUGAAGUGACAUGGCGGUGCGCACGAGUUUUUCAAAGCUCAUGCCUUCAAAUUGCUCCUUGGUCAGAGCGACUUCGCGGGAAAAAUGUUGUGCCAUGGUGCUGGCGAGGCUGUGUGGAUUCGGCGGGCCAUUGGGAGUGAAUCCAGCCGCUUGUGCAUAGGUGCGUUUCACACCGACAUGCGCUCCUCCGUCAUGGGGAAUGGAUCCAGUCACUCCUCCGUCGGUGCUGUAUGCAUUGCUCGUUUGGAUAUUCCCGUUGUUCGCUCCACUCGGCAUCCCGUUCGCUAUGUUUCCAUUCGCUCCUCCAUUGGUCCCAUUACCAUUGCGCACUUGAGUGUUUGCAUUGUUCGCUGCGCGAAUAGCUUGCAUGUGAUCGACUCUGAUGUGCAUAGCCAACGUUCGAGCCACGUCUCGGACCUUCUUGAGAGCAGUCUGGAUUUGGGGCAAGUCCAUCCGAUGAAUCUCAUCGUCCGUCAGUGCAGCUUCGAGACCGAUUCCGUUAUUCGUGAGCUGUGCCUGUUCUCUCUGCUUCUGAGCUCUGACUUCCUGUAUGCCCUGUCCCAGCGCCAUAAAACAAGCCAUCAUGCGUUGGAACUCGGGGGACUCGUGCUGAGUCUCUCCGCGAUUAUGUGCUUCUUCUAAAUUAUGCGAUGCCUUUAGCAAGAAGGGCUCCUCGCGCCCGACUUCCGUACAUGCCCUUAUGAUAUCAGCUCGCGCUAACAUGAGUUUGGGAGCGUUCGGAUUAUGAUUGAUCAUCGCGUGUAGCUCGCGGACCAUGUCGUAGUCUUGGGUAACAAAAUUCCUUUGCAUGGCAUGGAUGUAGGUCGUAACUGAAGCUGGGUCAAGGUGGGCAGUCUGUGCGCGUUCGGCGCGGUCGAAGAAGGACAGACCAUCUCGAGACAGCAGAUCGACU